AUCUGACACAACAACAGGAAACCUUUCAGAAAAGAGUUCCUACUGUGAACGUUUGACAGCUCGAUUGCAAAAUGACUGCAGAGGUUUACCCAGCUCAGAUUGCAAAUCUUAUCCUGAGUCCACCAUGUGGAGCCAGGCAGCAUGUCAGAGGAGAUCCUAAAAACACAGUGCCAGUUCCCUAUCAUGAGCAACUGCAAAACACCAGCCACGCCGUUCUCCAGGCUCAAGGGCCUGUUUCUCCACCUCCUAAAAGCUUCACUGUGUUCAUCAUUAAUGGCUCAAAGGGAUCGAAGAUUCCUGUAAAGGUGAGGGGCUCGUAUACUGUUGCCAAAUUGCUGCUGAAGGCCCUGAUGGGGAAGGACCUGAAUCUGAUCUUCAAUGGCAAACCGGUUCAGCCGAAUCAGAUGCUGUGUGAUCUCCAGGUGAAGGCCGGCGCCACAUUCAUGACCUAUCAGAAGUGCCAUGGAGGCUAAAAGACAUUUCUCUCAAUUUCUAUUGUUCUGUUAUCUCGUUCUGUUAUCUGAAUAGCACUUUAAAUGGGCACUAUACAAUACCUUUGCUUGUCAUUUCUUUUAAUGCCAUUACCUUUUGCAUUUUUUUGAUUCAGACUGAUAAUCUGCAAGGCAAUAACUGCUAUUGACGCAAAUGAAAAUGAUUUAAAGCACAAUUAAUCAAACUGAAGCCCAACUUCAAGAAGUGUCCACUGUUAGACAUUUUAUUGUAUUUUGUACUGUUGGCAGCAGGUUACCGCAACUGGCCCUUUACAGUAACUUACCUGUAAAUGUUUUACAGUAGCAGAUCCCUACCGCAAUUUUUUUUUUUUUUACAGUUUUACAGUAAUAUAGCUAAUAAUAUAACUGCAACAUCUUUUUAAUAACAUUUUUAUUUUUACAAUUAACAAUUUUUACAGUAGUUUUACAGUAAUUAAUUUACAUUUUUAAACUAGCAAUACAAAACCUUUAUUUUUACUAUUGAAUUUAAUCAGUUCCAAACAAGUGACAAAUUUUUUCAUCGCAGUCCCAUUUUUAUCUUCAACUACAGUAGCAAAUUACUUAAAUAAUUUGAUUACAGUAGAUUACCGCAAAUUUCUAAUAGGCAGUAAGUUACUGUAAAUAUUUAAAAAAGACCCACAAUGUAGUGCAUAUUACUGUAGUGAACUGUAAAGGAUGUUUGUGGUAUUUUACUGGGCGUUUUUGCAUGAAAUAACUAAAAUAACUAAAGUCUAACA